CACCAGAAAUUGAAAAGCCGGAGCUCAGUGAAGCUUCACUUUCAUUUUAGAAUUUUCUUUCUCAACAGCUUCUCUUUCUCUUGGUCUUGGUCUUUCGUCUCAAUUAUUAAUGUUCAAAAUCUUUUUGAAUCAAACCAAACUUCGCGUGAUUCCCAUUUCCUAUCCAACUCUUCUUCUUCACAAGCUUCCCGAUGCAAUCCGAUGUUGAAUUCGCUUGAAUUCCACUGAAAUUCGAACCACAUUUCGACGAAAACUGAAUCUCCAUACGGAAAAUCUCGCGUCCUGAUAACUUAAUUUACGAUCUCCGUUCUCAAAUCUCGAGUCAGUGGUUAAGAAUCAGCAGCUGAGAGCAUAAGGAAGAUAAAAGCUGACAUCUCAUUCCAGCUUUUGCAUGUCAGAUUUUGAUUUUCUGUUUGAAUUUGAUGAUGAAAACCUAGAAAUGGUGGAGGAGGAGUUGAACUGAGAAUGAGGGAGGCGAGGAGGAAGGCGACUCAGCAGAAAUCGCGGCACAAAUGGAAGGGAAAGCUGUUGGCGUUGCUGCUGGCGGCCUUCUGUUGUGCGAGCUUGGUGCUGAUGGAGACGCAGCACACGCAAAUCGUGUCGCUCUCUGCUCUGCGCCACCGUUUGGUUGAGAAGAAGAAGAUAGCAUUUCUUUUCAUCGCGCGAAAUCGCCUUCCUCUAGAUACUGUUUGGGAUGCAUUUCUUAAGGAAGAAACCAGUUUUUCAAUCUACGUUCACUCCAGGCCUGGAUUUAUUUUCAACAAGGCAACCACAAGAUCUGAACAUUUUUUAAAUCGUCAAGUUAAUGAUAGCAUAAAGGUAGAUUGGGGAGAAGCAAGCAUGAUUGAGGCGGAGCGUAUAUUGCUUAGACAUGCAUUGAUGGAUCCUUUAAAUGAACGCUUUGUUUUUCUUUCAGACAGCUGCAUACCUCUUUACAACUUCAGUUAUGCGUAUAGCUAUAUCAUGUCGACAUCAACUAGUUUUGUAGACAGCUUUGCUGAUGCAAAGGAGGGUCGGUACAACCCAAAAAUGUUUCCUGUUAUUCCUGUUCGUAACUGGAGAAAAGGAUCUCAGUGGGUCAUUCUGACCAGAAAGCAUGCAGAGGUUGUUGUCAAUGACUCUACUGUUUUUCCCAUGUUUCAACAGCAUUGCAAGAGGAGAUCACUACCAGAGUUUUGGAGAGAGAGUCCUUUUCCAGUUGAUCCAGCCAAGGAGCAUAAUUGCAUACCAGACGAACAUUACGUUCCGACAUUGCUGGCUCAAGAAGGCCUUGAAGGAGAAAUCACACGAAGAUCAUUGACCUAUUCAGCAUGGGAUCUUUCAGCCUCUAAAGAUCGCGAACGCCGUGGCUGGCAUCCUGUGACUUAUAAGUUUUCUGAUGCGACCCCCUUGCUUAUUAAAUCUAUCAAGGAAAUUGAUAAUAUCUAUUAUGAGACUGAGUACAGAAGAGAAUGGUGUACCAGCAAGGGGAAGCCAGCCCCGUGUUUCCUCUUUGCCAGAAAAUUCACAAGGCCUGCUGCUCUUCACCUUCUUAAUUCGUCUGUUUUGGGAGUUCGAAAUGAAGCAAAAGCUGAAUCCUAACUGAAGCGAGUGGAUUUCCGACAGUAAAUAUAACUUUUGCUAGAGUUUGUGAUGCUUAAUUGGUUGUAUUUUGCCCAUACAAAUCAUCAUGCAUAUUUUUUCCCUAUUUUUUUUGGAAUAAUAUUAAAAUAAAGUGAGAAAUUUUUG